AUGGCUUCUUGGACUAGACAGUAUGACGGACCAGUUUAUGAAACAGUUGAGUUAGUUAUAAGUGGUAUUAUCCCUAUAUGGCUUAUUGUGAUUGGGACUAUUGGUAAUCUUAUAUCUGUUGUUGUUUUAUUAAAUCGAGAAAAUCGUCGAGCAUCAACAAAUAUUUAUUUGAUAUUUUUAUGUCUAAUGGAUACCAUAUCACUUUAUCAAUGGAACUUAUCAAAUUCAUUCUAUUCAUUUACAAACGGACAACAACAGAUAUGGGGCAACUCAUUGAUUAUGUGUAAAUUGAGUCAAUUUUUCCCUUUUUAUACUUUACAUACAUCAGCCAUGUUUCUUACAUUUGUGGAACUUGAUCGAGCAUGCUUAUUAAGAAGUAAAUGGUAUAAAAGACGCAUAGCUCGUGUACCUGUUGCAUUAAUGAUCUGUACGAUUAUUUUGGUUAGUUUAUUUGCAUUAAAUGGAUUUUUAUUUGGAUUAGGUUUUUCAUAUUCAACAUAUAAUAAUAGUACAAGAACAUAUGAAACAGCUGUUGUUUGUUAUUAUACUUUGAAUACUGCUCUUAAUAAUUUCUUUUCCAUUCAAUAUCCAUGGGUAUGUAUGAAACUGAAAAUUAUAUCAAACUAUAUUGUUUGUUGA